GAGAGCUGGCACAGGCUGAGCCAGGCGCUGGCUGUGUGGACACGGAGGAGUGCAGAGCGAACAGAAACGACAGAGCAAGAGGAGGAGUGAAUGGAUGGAGUGACCCAGGAGGAGGAGAGGAAUGCUGAGCGAACAGACCGACAGAGCGCGAAAGGGAAGACGAGAGUGGCGUGGCAGCAACAGCAGAGCAAUUAAACAGUGGAAAGACAAGCAAAGGAUCACAUGCCGAGCAGCUUCUGUCGCUCGCUCACACUCUCUCUCUUUUGAGCAACUGAAGAGGCAGAAGUGAAGCAUCCAGACAACGACAAAGGACAAGAGGAGGCACACAAGAGGCAGGGGGAGGAGCAAGCAUGCUUUGAUUGACAGAGGAAAGAGGAGGGACAUGGACGCAAAUUGAAGAAUUUGAUUUUCUGGGAAUGGAUAUUUUUAGUGAAGAAAAAACAAAGGAGAAGAAGAUAAAGGAUGCCGUUUCAGUCUAAAAUAAGGAUGGAAAGGGGGAGGGGGAGAGAGAGAGUGAGAUGCUGAAUUCGGACCAUGUCAGAACAGAUUCCACAUCAACGGCAUUCAGUCCUCCUGCAGGCAAGAGUCAGUGUGUGUGCGUAUGUGUGUGUGCGUGUGUGAACUAGCACGAAGUACGAGCUUUGUAGCACCAGGCUUUUGCCCAUGUGCCCCCGUAGUUGAGGACAGACACACAUAGAUAUGGGAAGGAAAAAAGUAAAUGAUGUAUCACUGUCAAAGCUAGAGAAAAAAAGGCAACAAGACAAGAUGAGUGUGAUCGUGGGGUUGUGAGGUCAGCUGUAGCUAGUUUUUGGGAAGCCCUCCCUUCAGGGACUUAGGAAAAGGAUCGCCCGAGACAGUCUAUUUCACCAACAGGUCAGCCUGCCUGGAGGCUCUCUCAAAACCUUAAUUCUUGUGACUCAGCUGGCGCUGCCUCCCACUAUCCAUCUCUUUUUCAUUAUUCUCGCUUACAAUCUGUCUUGAAUCUAUUGAAUCUCUUCUCUUAUUAAGAUCACUUCGCAUGUAACUGCCUCAAUGUUUCUGAUUCGCUUGCCUGAACUUCGGGAGAUUCUGGGAGAAGCUCAGAGGGAGAUUUCAGGCUGUCCCUAAAGCCAGACUGAGCACCCUGAUCAGAUGGACUGAGGGGGGAGUAAAAGAUAGAGCUAGAAAGAGAGAGCAACAAGGCAAAUAGCCUGGGGAUUUAGCCUGAGGGGUUAUAGAGAGUUGCCAGCGGGUAUGAAGACACAUACUGAAUUUUGGGUGCCUUAGGGAGCAGUGUGUUUGUGCAUGAAUGUGAUUAUUCAAUCAAGAAAUAAAGUUUGCAUACAUUUGACAGGAUAUUAAAGUGGAAUUUUAAGUAGAGCUGGGGUUGUAUGCUUCAAUUAUACUUUGAGGAGUCCUGCAGGUGCUACAAUUGUACAUGACUCGAUAGCUGGACUCUGAACAUUAGAUUUGUAUUCACAAAGUCAGUGUUGUGGCUCUAUCCGUGCUCCUGGAGCCCCAUGAGGGCCCCGGCCGUGGAGGCCUGGUUGGGAGAUGAAGCAGUCCGCCCUGCUGCUCUAGCAGCUUUGUGGGCCCUCAUGGCUCUGGAAGGCCGCUGUCUGCGCCCUGCCUCGCCCACGCCGGGCCAACGCAGGGCCCGCCGUCGUCUCACCCAACCCGGAGCACCACGAGAUGAUCUGUCCCGACUCACUGAAGCCCUCCUAGCGAGGGCUCACCUCCACGGAUUGCGGCACAUCUGCUCUCCGUCAAACUCUCUCAGCCGACGGGCCUUUUGGAUGCUAGCCUUCUGUAUUUGUCUGGGUUUACUGUUGUCCUGGUCCUCGAAUCGGCUACUUCACUGGCUGGCCUUCCCCACUCACACAAGAGUCCACACAGAGUGGGCGAGAGAACUGCCUUUUCCCACGGUCACCAUCUGCAACAAUAACCCCGUACGUUUGUAUCACCUCACUAAGAGCGACCUGUACUUCGCGGGUCACUGGCUCGGACUGUUGCUGGCCAACCGCACGGCCAGACCCCUGGUGCUGGACCUGCUUCAAGAUGACAGACGGACAUGGUUUAGCAAGCUGUCAGAUUUCCGUCUUUUCCUGCCUCCACGGCGCUUCGAGGGCACCAGCUUGGAGUUCAUGGACCGACUGGGCCACCAGCUGGAGGAUAUGCUACUGGCCUGCAAGUACCGCGGAGAGCCCUGUGGAGCUCACAACUUCUCCACUGUGAGUCUGAACAAAUGACCUCCAUCUCUCUUUCUGUCCUUCUGUC